AUGACGGAUGAAAAAAACAUUACUAUGGAUGUGUCAACGCAGCGCAGGUCCUUCAGGGUGAUCCUGAACCUCAUCGCUAUAACCAUCAAUAUCCUACCUGAAACACAGGCCAGAGUGAUUAGUUACUCUUCCUCUGACCUUACUCACAACCUGCUGGUUCUGAAAAUUUUCUACAGAGUGACUUACUUUAUCAUCUUGGAUGACACCAAGCUGAGCAGUGUGGUUGAUACGCUUGAGGGAAGGGAUGCCAUCUGGAGAGACCCUGACAGGUUUGAGGAAUGGGCCCAUGUGAGCCUCUUGAAGGCCAAGUGCAAUGUCUUGCAUCUGCAUCAAGACAAUCACCAGUAUCAGUACAGGCUGAGGGAUGAGUGGAUUGAGAGCAGCUGUAGAGAAGGAUACUACUUGGGGAUACUGGUAGAUGAAAAAUGGGACAUGAGCUGUAUCCAACAUGUGUAUGGAGCUCAGCAUCCACCUUUUGAUCCAUUACUGCAUGGAACCUUGAUAAAACCAGGUUCAAAGCCACCGACAACUCCAGUGAAACUAAAGAAAGUCAGCACCUUCCAAGAAUUUGAAAGUAACACAAGUGAUGCUUGGGAUCUUGGAGAUGAUGAUGAUGAACUAUUAGCAAUAGCAGCUGAAAACUUAAAUACGGAAGUGGUCAUGGAAACGGCUCACAAAGUAAUUCAGAAUCACAGCAAGUUACAAGAACAGCAUAAAUUUCAGGAAGAACAUCUACAGGAAGAAAAACAAGUAGAAUCUGCAGAGCCGACUUCAGUUGCUUGUGGUGAUAAUAGGCUUGUUAAAUCAGUCAGCGAAGGUCAUACACCAAGUUCAUCAGAUACUGCGAAUGAAAAUUCUUCCAUGCAGAGAUCGCAGUCACUUCCACAAACUUCUUCACCUCCUUUGAGUGGAAUGGCAGACUCUAAUACCUCAGUUACUCCUGCAUUAACUGAAAGAGAAGCGUCUCGGUUAGACAAAUUUAAGCAGCUACUUGCUGGCCCCAAUACAAGUCUUGAAGAAUUACGGAAAUUGAGUUGGUCUGGCAUUCCCAAACGGGUUCGUCCAAUUGCAUGGAAGCUUCUUUCAGGCUAUCUUCCUGCAAAUGUGGACCGAAGAGAAAGCACUUUACAAAGAAAACGCAAGGAGUAUUUUGCAUUUGUUGAACAAUACUAUGAUUCCAGAAAUGAUGAAAAUCACCAGGAUACCUAUAGACAGAUCCAUAUAGAUAUCCCACGCAUGAGUCCUGAAGUUUUAAGACUUCAGCCCAAAGUAACAGAGAUUUUUGAAAGAAUUUUGUUUAUCUGGGCAAUACGUCAUCCAGCCAGUGGAUAUGUUCAGGGCAUAAAUGAUCUUGUCACUCCUUUUUUUGUAGUCUUCAUUUGUGAAUAUAUAGAAGAAGAAGAAGUGGAAAAUUUUGAUGUUUCCAAUCUGCCUGAGGAAGUGCUGCAGAACAUAGAAGCUGACAGUUACUGGUGCAUGAGCAAGUUACUUGAUGGCAUUCAGGAUAACUACACGUUUGCACAGCCAGGAAUUCAGAAGAAAGUGAAAAUGUUGGAAGAACUUGUUAGUCGGAUUGAUGAACAAGUUCACAGGCACUUGGAUCAGCAUGAGGUGAAAUACUUGCAGUUUGCUUUCCGUUGGAUGAAUAACUUACUGAUGAGAGAAGUCCCUUUACGAUGCACCAUCAGGCUGUGGGACACAUACCAAUCUGAACCAGAGGGUUUUUCUCACUUCCACUUGUAUGUCUGUGCUGCCUUCCUAGUCAGGUGGAGGAAAGAGAUCCUGGAAGAGAAAGAUUUUCAAGAGUUGCUGAUAUUUUUACAGAAUUUGCCCACUGUACACUGGGGAAAUGAAGAAAUGAGUGUACUCCUGGCAGAGGCCUACAGACUGAAGUUUGCAUUUGCAGAUGCCCCCAAUCAUUACAAGAAAUGA